CCCAUGGGAUCCGAGCGGAUGGAGAUGCGCAAGCGGCAGAUGUCAGUGCACCAGGAGACAGUGAGCUCCUCUCAAGCGCAGCAGGGAGUUGGGAAUAGGGGAUCAAAUGCCUGUUGCUUCUGUUGGUGCUGUUGCUGCAGCUGCUCUUGCCUCACAGUCAGAAAUCAAGAAGAUGAGAGGACAAGGUCUUCUAAUGAAAUCAGAGGUGCCGGCAUACCAAACUGUGAAGAAAGUCCAACCCCUACUCUUGAAGAUGUCUUCUCUUGGGGGCAGUCUUUCGACAAACUUAUGACUACUCCUGCGGGAAGAAAUGCUUUCCGGGAAUUUCUCAGAACGGAAUUUAGUGAGGAGAACAUGCUUUUCUGGAUGGCUUGUGAGGAUCUGAAAAAGGAGGCCAACAAAAAUGUGAUAGAAGAGAAAGCCCGGCUAAUAUAUGAGGACUACAUCUCCAUUUUAUCUCCAAAAGAGGUCAGCCUGGAUUCCAGAGUGAGAGAAGUCAUCAACAGGAACAUGUUGGAGCCCUCACAACACACAUUUGAUGAUGCUCAACUCCAGAUCUACACCUUAAUGCACAGAGACUCCUACCCACGUUUCAUGAACUCUGUAAUCUACAAAAACCUUCUUCAGACCUUAUCGGAAAACACUGUCGAGUCUUAG